AUGAGUGACUAAUUCAAAAAUGAUAUAGAAAGAAUCCAGAAACUUAUUGUUUCAAUCAAAUAGGAUAUGAAUAAAAGGGAACAAAAAUAGAAAGGAGGAUAACAGUUAACUAUGAUUGAAGGAGAAAUUAGAGGCUAAUUAGCAAGUUUGGGUAAUGCAUUUAGAAAGACAUUAAUAGAUCGUGAAUUGGUGUUAAUUGCAGAUGUUUUGAAAUAUCAAGAAAACAAUUAGAUGCAAAAGGAAAAUGAAAAAAGAAAAAACCAGAUCUAAGAAUUGAAAAAUCAAAGAGAUUUAAUUAAGGAGUAAUUUAAUAAGUCUGUUGCAGAUACUAAAUAAGAAGUGGCAAUGCAAAAUCUUUAAAGAGAUGAUGCUAAGCUAGCUGUUAUGAAUAAUUAAGAGCUCUACAAAAAUCAAAAGGACUUACAACUUCAAUAAGAUAAGUUAUUGGAUAGAACCAAUGAUUAGGCAGAUUAAUUAAAAUAGUAAGGCAAACAAAUUAAUUUAACACUUGAUGAGCAAAAUAAAUAGCUCGAUAAAUUAAACAUAGAUGUGGAUAAGACAAAUUAGUAGAUGAUGACUACAAAUAACAAGUUAGUUAAACUUAUAGCUAAGUCUUCAAACUGCGGAUUAUUAAUCUUUAUAGUAAUAGAAGUAGUUAUUUUUGGUGUUUUGCUAUGGUGGGCAUUAACAUGAUUAAAUAUCCUCAUUUUUUAAAACAAUAAAAUAAAUUAUCAAUU